AUGUUGGAUGUUAAUGCGUUUAUAGUUGAAAAGGGCGGAGAUCCAGAAAAGAUCAGGGUCUCGCAAAGGAAAAGAGGAGCUUCUGUGGAGUUAGUUGACGAGAUUAUCAAGGACUACAAAGAUUGGGUUAGGAUUAGAUUUGAUUUAGAUGAACAAAACAAAAAACUAAAUGCGGUCCAGAAGGAGAUUGGUAAGAAGUUCAAGGCCAAAGAGGAUCCAGCAGAGCUAGUUGCUAAGAAAGAUCAAUUGAAUGAGGAGAAGAAGCAAAUCAUUGAAAAGGAAGCCAAAGCAGACAAGGAGUUACGUUUCAAAAUAAACCAAGUUGGUAAUAUUGUUCAUGAGAGUGUGGUUGAGUCUAUGGAUGAAGCCAACAACGAGUUGAUAAAGACUUGGUUGCCUAAUGGUUAUGAGAAAACCGAAAAAAUCGCAGCAGCGACCCAUUCUCCAGCAGCUUUGUCUCAUCACGAAGUUCUCUUGAGGUUAGACGGUUAUGAUCCAGAAAGAGGUGUUCGAAUUGUUGGUCACAGAGGGUACUUUUUAAGAAACAUUGGUGUGUUUAUAAAUCAAGCUUUGAUCAACUAUGGUCUUUCAUUUUUGGCUAGCAAGGGUUACAUUCCAUUACAGGCACCAGUUAUGAUGAAUAAGGAUGUUAUGGCAAAAACGGCGCAAUUGUCACAAUUUGACGAAGAGUUGUACAAAGUUAUUGACGGAGAAGACGAGAAAUAUCUUAUUGCAACCUCAGAACAGCCUAUUAGUGCGUACCAUUCCGGAGAGUGGUUUGAGAGUCCUCAAGAACAAUUACCAAUCCGAUAUGCCGGAUUCUCAUCUUGCUUUAGAAGAGAAGCUGGAUCUCAUGGUAAAGAUGCCUGGGGUAUCUUUAGAGUGCAUGCUUUUGAGAAAAUCGAGCAAUUUGUAUUGACAGAACCAGAUAAGUCAUGGGAAGAGUUUGAUAGAAUGAUUGGUGCAUCAGAAGAAUUUUACCAAUCAUUAGGUCUUCCUUAUAGAGUUGUUGGUAUUGUUUCUGGGGAAUUGAAUAAUGCUGCUGCUAAGAAAUAUGAUUUGGAAGCAUGGUUCCCAUUCCAACAAGAGUAUAAGGAAUUAGUUUCUUGUUCCAACUGUACAGAUUACCAGUCAAGAAAUUUAGAAAUUAGAUGUGGAAUCAAGCAACAAAAUCAAACCGAGAAGAAAUACGUUCACUGCCUCAACUCAACAUUGAGUGCUACUGAGCGAACCAUUUGUUGUAUUUUGGAAAAUUAUCAAAAAGAAGACGGUUUGGUUAUACCUGAAGUAUUGAGAAAAUACAUACCUGGUGAGCCUGAAUUUGUUCCAUUUGUUAAAGAAUUGCCCAAGAACUCCACUUCGCAAAAGAAAGGUAAGAGCAAUUAG